UCUUUAGAGAACAGCUUGGUGCUAGUAAUGAUUUCAAGGGCCACAUCUAGCUUCAAAAGUGUCCAUGAAGGGCUUCAGAUGUUCCCUGAACCACCCCAAGAUUUGGUGUUACCCUCUCUGGAAACAAACUCUAGCUCAGCCUCAGCCUCGGCCUCAACCUCAGCCUCAGGUUCGCAAUCUAGUUCCCUCCUCUUCAAUCUCUCUAUUCUGAAGGACAAACUCAGUGAGGUUCAGACCCUGGUAAGUGUUAUUCUCUCCCCAAAUCAAUGCCUACCCGAGUCAACUUCCAUGGCCAUAUCCAGCAUGAACUCCACAAUCCACGAAAUCAUAGUCACUGCCACAUCAAUGAUGUUCACCUGCCAACACAUGGCUCUCACCACCCUUCCAGGUACUAAUAGUAAUACUACUACAUGCACAAACAAAUUGCACCACCAGAACAAGUUAUUGCCUCACUCAAAUAAUUUUGGCACAAAUACAAGUGUCCUUGGUAAUAACACAGACACAAAUAUUAUUGACCCUAAUCAGGGUUUGUUUUCUAGUACUGAGUCAGAUGCACUAGACUGGUUUACUGAAAGCUAUGACAACAACCAUGAUAAUAGCAAUAUUAGUAGGAUUAAGGAGGAUGAUCCUAGCGUUUCAAUUAGUGAAAACAAUAGAGGGCUUUCAGCAAAUAAUAGCGACAUAAUUGAAUUGGAUGCUGCGGAUUUGUUGGCUAAGUACACACACUAUUGCCAAGUUUGUGGCAAAGGGUUCAAGCGUGAUGCAAAUUUGAGGAUGCACAUGAGGGCUCAUGGGGACGAGUACAAGACCAAUGCUGCAUUGAGUAACCCAAUGAAGAGUUUGGAAGGUGGAAAAGAUCAGUGUUUGAUGAGUGUGAAAGCAAAGAGAUAUUCGUGCCCUCAAGAAGGGUGUAGGUGGAACCAAAGGCAUGCCAAGUUUCAGCCACUGAAGUCCAUGAUUUGUGCCAAGAACCAUUACAAGAGGAGCCAUUGCCCCAAAAUGUACGUGUGCAAGAGGUGCAACCAGAAGCAGUUCUCGGUGCUUUCUGAUCUGAGGACACAUGAGAAGCACUGUGGGGAUCUCAAGUGGCAGUGCACGUGUGGCACCUCGUUUUCUAGGAAAGAUAAGCUUAUGGGGCAUGUUGCUUUGUUCGUGGGGCACCAACCUGCUAUCAUCAACAAUGGUUUGUCAUAUUCUGCCAAAUUAAUUGGAGCACCACGUACACAUUGAUGGUAGCUCAAGAUGAUUUUUAUGUCUUCAUAUGAUUCAUAAAGAGGUGCAGCUUCAAUGUAUAUUUGUAGCAGUUGGGCUUGUCUGCAUGCCAUUGCCUUGAAGAUAUCUCUGGUCUCGCUAUACAGUUUGAGUGGCGCUGGCUCGGUGGCGGAUUUUUGGAUCAUGGAAUGGAGGCUAUUUUGUCUUGCACUUCCUCACCACUAUUUGUUUAAUCCAUCCAUAACUUAGGUUACCACCAUAUAUGUUCAUGUUCUUCUCUAUUUUCUGAGUGCUUUUUCUACAGAUUACCCUGUAAUUAUAUUCCUUUAAAGAGACUAAAUAAGUGUGCUUUGCCCUUAAUUUAUAUUUAGUGAUCGAACACUAUUAAAAAAUCUAUAUUAACGGUUAAUUGUU